GAAAUCGUGAGAAGCAAAGAAUUGAGGCCCAUAUGAGGCAAGGGAAAAAGCACAGGGCAAAUUGUUUCAAAACACAUCUUCUCAUUCUUCAAACCCAUCUUUUUCUCGCUUCUUCACCGGGGCUUUCCUGUUCUUCGUGUAUCUUCCAACAAUGAGAUAGUCACAUCCGACAACAACACGCUCCUUCACCUGCUUUUCAAUAACGACAUCUCACAGCUUCUGCGUCUCCUUGACGGCACCAUCACAAUGAAGCUCCUAGAUACCGCCCUCCUGGGCCUCAUCCCAGCCCUCAUCACCCUCCACCUCCUCCUGGCCCCGGACACAAAAGUAGAGGAAUCCUUCAACAUCCAAGCCACCCACGACGUCCUCGUCUACGGCACGCCAACCCACGACGUCGCCGCCCGUCUGAGGGCCACCUACGACCACUUUGAGUUUCCCGGCGCCGUGCCCCGCACUUUUGUCGGCCCCGUGCUGCUCGCCGGCCUCGGCGGGCCCCUCGUCAACCUCGUCGGCUUCGCCCACGCCCAGCUCGUCGUCCGCGGCCUGCUGGGCCUCGCCAACGCCGCCGCCCUCGUCGUGUUUGCCAGGAGCCUGAAAAGGGGGAUGGGCGAGGGCGUCAUGCGGUGGUGGGUUCUGUUGCUCGUCGGCCAGUUCCACGUCAUCUUUUAUGCGUCGAGGACGUUGCCCAACAUGUUUGCCUUUGCUUUGACAACCCUCGCAUCCGCAAACCUCAUCCCGAACCAAUCCCCGCAAUCCCACCUCCCGCGCCUCCGCGUAGCCCUCUCCCUCCUCGUCUUCGCCGCCGCAAUCUUCCGCUCCGAAGUCGCCAUCCUCCUCGCCAUGACGGGCCUCCACCUCCUCCUCACCCGCCAGCUCACAAUCCCCCAACUCGUCCGCCCCUUCCUCAUCGCCUUCGCCGUCGCCCUCGCCGUCUCCGUGCCCCUGGACUCGUACUUUUGGCAAAAGCCCCUCUGGCCGGAGCUCUGGGGCUUCUACUACAACGCCGUCCUCGGCUCCUCGUCGAACUGGGGCGUCUCCCCCUGGCACUACUACUUCUCCUCCGCCCUCCCGCGCCUGCUCGUCAACCCCCUGACCUUGGCCCUCCUGAUCCCGCUCGCCCUCGCGCAGCCGGGUACCUCCCGCUCCGCCGCGGGCCUCGUCGUCCCGCCCCUGCUCUUCGUGGCCGUCUACUCCCUCCAGCCGCACAAGGAAGCCCGCUUCAUCUUCUACGCCGUCCCGCCCCUGACCGCCGCCGCCGCCCAGGGCGCGCACUUCAUCUUCGCCCGCCGCGCCAAAUCCGCCCUCUACGCGCUCGCCUCCCUCCUCCUCGCCGCCAGCGUCCUCGCCGCCCUCGCCGCCUCGACGGGCAUGCUCCUCCUCUCCUCCCUGAACUAUCCCGGCGGCGACGCCCUCCGCCAGCUGCACGCCCUCGUCGCCGCGUCCCCCGCCGCCAGCUCCGUCACGACCGUCCACACCGACGUGCUGAGCUGCAUGACGGGCGUCACCCUCUUCACCCAGAACCGCGUAGGCCUGCCCAAGAACCCGCACUCCCGCGCCCUCGAGACCUCUCUCCAACAGGACUCUUCCUCUUCCUCUUCACCAGGCACAAACCCGAUCCUCGCAUUCGAUAAGACAGAAGACAAGUCCAUCCUCUCCGACCCGGGCUUCUGGUCCCGCUUCGACUACGUCCUCGCCGAGGACACGGCCUCCGUAAAGGGAGGCCAGUGGGAGACGGUGGGCGUCGUGCAAGGGUACGCCGGCAUCGAGGUCCUCAAGCCGGGUUCCGCGACGUCGUCUGAGGCCGGGGACGAAGAGACCGGGGAGAGCAAGAUCCUCGGCAGAGGAUUCGUUGUCAAGCGCGUACGGGAUUUCGUACGGGGCGUGACGGGCGGCUGGUGGGUUGGGCCGCGGAUGGAGCCGCGGAUACGCAUCAUGAAGCGGGCCAAGGAUGUCGGCGGCGCCAGCGCCCGCAUCGUGUCUUCAUAG